AUGUCUCUGGCGAGCUUCUCGCCACCGAGCCCACCACUAGUCUCACCGUACGGCUCGGCGUCGUCGUCCGUCGACCUCGAAAUGCACUGUCCUCCGAUGCAAGAACGCUCUCCACCAGCCGGUUGGUUGCCGCUGACGAGCCAGGGCCACCCGGGUAUCCCACACCCAUCCCAGAUACCGUACCCGUCGCCCGUCUCCGACGAUUCGAUGUACAGAUAUACAGAAUAUAUCGACGAUGUCAAGCCUGCCUACUAUCAUACCCAUCCUACGGCUUAUUAUCAGCUGCCCGAUCCAGAGCCGUUCGCCCCGCAGGGAAUGGCGUUCCCGCUACCGGACAAGAACAAUUUGCUAUGCAAAGUGUGCGGGGAUAAAGCGAGUGGAUAUCACUAUGGGGUUACCUCGUGCGAGGGUUGCAAGGGCUUCUUCCGUCGCAGCAUCCAGAAGAACAUGGAAUACAAGUGUUUGAAGGACAACAACUGCCCGAUCUCGAAACCGAAUCGCAAUCGCUGCCAGAGAUGCCGCUUCAAGAAAUGUUUAGCCGUCGGGAUGAGCAGAGAUUCUGUCCGCUACGGUCGUCUACAGCGCAAACGGGACAAAGAAGCGCUCGUGGCGACGACAGGGAACAGUGCAGCAGCUCCACAAAGUGCCAUCGACAACCAGGCGGCUGAUUUAUGCACUUUUAUUGAUCAGGUCACGAAUGCUUUUAUCAGCAAUCCCGGAUGUCCGCCACCGCAUAUCAUCGUUCAACCGACGUUUAUGGACCUGAAACCAAAUUCCGAAUGCGUAUCAGCAGCCGAACUUCGUGCUCUCCAUUGGCAACAAUACGCAGCUUCUUGCCAACAAGACAUCGAAACCUUCGUCGACUUCGCCAAGUCCAUCCCAAUGUUCAACGAGAUGAAGACGAACGACCAGUUAGAAAUCAUCAAGAACACCUACUUCUCGGUUUUUGUCGUCAGAACCGCGCCGGCGAUGAGCGAGCCGCAGUUCGUGCUCAACUCUGGGGUGGCGGUGACCAAGCAGCAGCUAAUCAACCUCUACGAGCCGGACUUUGUCUACCGCUGGUCGCACUUUGCCAAGAACUUCAAUGCACUUCAAUUUUCCACCGCCGAGAGAGCCCUCUUUAUAGUGUGGAUCCUGAUCUCAGCCAACGUCUAUUUGCCGCUAAGUAAUCAGGAUGAAUUGGAGCAGCUGAAGAGAGUCGUUGAACAGGCAUUAAGGUCGGUGCUCCUCCGCAGCCGCGCCAACCCGCUCGCCUUCAACACACUAAUGUCUAUGCGCGAGGAGCUGAAGCAGAUUUCAAUGGCGCACGACAGAAGCCUCGAGUGGGUUCGUCAGAAUAUCGCCGCAAUUGAGAUUCCACUGCUUUUUGCCGAGGUCUUCAGGAUCGCCCUCCACCCCCCGGUCUACCAACAAGACAUCGUCGUCAAAUCGGACCACUUGGACAUUUGUGAAUUAAAGGCCCUU